GACGACGACCCUUCGAUCAGGCGCAAGGGAAGAGGUUUCAACCCUCGAGGUGCUGCAGGCGACGAUUCCAACAUCAAGCGAAGGGGUGGAUUCGAAAGCCUUGCGGGUGAAGAUUCGUCAGAUCGUGCAGCCAGGUCCAUCGAAGGCUGGAUCGUGCUCGUGACGGGUGUGCACGAAGAGGCGACAGAGGAAGAGGUGCAGGACAAGUUUGCGGAUUAUGGAGAGAUUAAGAAUCUGCAUCUCAACUUGGAUCGUCGUACAGGUUACGUCAAGGGCUACGCGCUGAUAGAGUACGAGACGCAGUCCGAGGCCAAGGCAGCCAUUCAAGCCUGUCAAGAUGGUCUAAGCCUUAUGGAAGAAUCGCUCUCUGCCGAUUUCGCAUUCGUAAGACCGCCCGCCGCUUCGCAUGGCGGCGGCGGCGGCAGGAACAUUGCCGGUUCUGCCAUCAAGGGUGCUGGUAGGGAUAGGGAGAGG